ACGGACGGACAGCGGGCACCGGCGUCCACCGCCGCGGGGUGCCAGCAUGCCAUCUGAGAAACCCCAGCCCGAAGAGGGGUCUGCAGGGUGCCCCCACCUCUCAGGGGCACGCUCAGAGAAGGGGAGCCUGGAGACAGGGCCCCUGGGGGACACAGGGGCCAAGGAGCGCCUGUGGAUCCGACCCGACACCCCAAGCAGGUGCUCCUGGAAGCUGGGCCGGCCGGCCUCCGACUCCCCGCACCACCACACCGCCCCGGCAAGCACCCCCAAGGUCUUGCCAGAUAUCCUGAAGAAAAUUGGGAACACCCCCAUGGUGAGGGUCAACAAGAUUGGGAAGAACUUUGGCCUCAAGUGCGAGCUCUUGGCCAAGUGUGAGUUCUUCAACGCGGGCGGGAGCGUGAAGGACCGGAUCAGCCUGCGGAUGAUUGAGGAUGCGGAGCGGGCCGGGACCCUGAAGCCGGGGGACACCAUCAUUGAGCCCACGUCCGGGAACACAGGCAUCGGGCUGGCCCUGGCCGCCGCGGUGAAGGGCUACCGCUGCAUCAUCGUGAUGCCCGAGAAGAUGAGCCUGGAGAAGGUGGACGUCCUGCGCGCCCUGGGAGCCGAGAUCGUGCGGACCCCCACCAGUGCCAGGUUCGACUCCCCAGAGUCGCACGUGGGGGUGGCGUGGAAGCUGAAGAACGAGAUCCCCAAUUCCCACAUCCUGGACCAGUACCGCAACGCCAGCAACCCCCUGGCGCACUACGACACCACGGCCGAGGAGAUCCUGCAGCAGUGUGACGGGAAGCUGGACAUGCUGGUGGCCUCCGCGGGCACGGGCGGCACCAUCACCGGCAUCGCCAGGAAGCUGAAGGAGAAGUGCCCCGGAUGCCAGAUCAUCGGGGUGGACCCCGAAGGCUCCAUCCUCGCGGAGCCCGAGGAGCUGAACCAGACGGAGCAGACGGCCUACGAGGUGGAGGGGAUCGGCUACGACUUCAUCCCCACGGUGCUGGACAGGGCGGUGGUGGACAAGUGGUUCAAGAGCAACGACGCAGAGGCCUUCGCCUUCGCCCGCAUGCUGAUCGCCCAGGAGGGGCUGCUGUGCGGGGGCAGCUCUGGCAGUGUCCUGGCCGUGGCGGUGAAGGCCGCCCAGCAGCUGCGGGAGGGCCAGCGCUGCGUGGUCAUCCUGCCCGACUCCGUGCGGAACUACAUGUCCAAGUUCCUGAGUGACAAGUGGAUGCUGCAGAAGGGCUUCCUGCAGGAGGACCUGGCGGCCCAGCGGCCAUGGUGGUGGCAUGUCCAGGUGCAGGAGCUGAGCCUGUCGGCCCCGCUGACCGUGCUGCCCUCGGUCACCUGCAAGCACACCAUUGAGGUUCUACGCCAGAAGGGCUUCGACCAGGCGCCCGUGGUGGACGACUCGGGGGCGAUCCUGGGCAUGGUGACUCUGGGGAGCAUGCUGUCCAGCCUGCUCGCGGGCAAGGUCCAGCCGUCCGACCAAGUCCGCAAAGUCAUCUACCGGCAGUUCAAGCAGAUCCGGCCGAGCGACCCGCUGGGCAAGCUCUCGGGCAUCCUGGAGACCGACCACUUCGCGCUGGUGGUCCACGAGCAGCCCGGGCACCCCAGCAGCGACCAGUCCAAGCGACAGGUGGUGUUCGGGGUCGUGACCGCCAUCGACCUGCUCAACUUCAUGGCCGCCCGGGAGCGGGAGCAGAAGGCGAAGCUGGGGAGCGCCUAGGCCCCCGCAAACGCGAGACAGACCGUGAUCUCUGCCCCCACCCGCCUGGCUCCCGUGCCCCCGGUCCCUCCGGUGGCCGCGCUGCCCGGCGGAGCCCAUCCCGCCCGGCUGGCUCUGCGGAGAUCUUGCCGACGCGGCCGGGGUUGAGGCAAGAAAGGGCCUUUUCUGGAGCUGCAGCCAGGAGGCCCAGGAAGCCGAUCCCCGCGGCCCCCGGGGGUGGUGCGGGCGGCUUGGGUGUUGGUGUUUUAAUUGAGGUGAAAUCCGCGGAACCGACGAUGACAUCUUCGAAUCACGAAUCGGCGCCCCACCCCCAGGCAGCGCGGCCGCGACCGGGCUCCGAUUUCUCACCCCAAGUAGCAGCUGCUCCCGCUGGCCACUGACCUGCCUCGGUCUGUGCCUUCCUGUUCGAGACCUUCCUAUAAAGGGCAUCAC